AUGUUCACACAACAAAGUGUCUGCAAUCUACGUGUCAUGCUGCCUCAACCGCCAUGGACGAAAUCAUUCAACUGGAACCUACACAUAACACUCGACGGGGAAGAACGCAUUCCUUUUCACUUGCUUCGCAUCGAGGCCGCCAAACUUUUUUGGGCAGAUCCGAAUACGUAUUAUCUUGUCGAGUCACACUGGCUACUUGAGGGCGGGUAUCCUGGCGGUACAUGCUACGACUUGCCUUUUCUUGCUCACGUGCAGAACGUCGAAGUCGAGUACCAACAUGGGUCUGAUAAUAGGAUAGGUCCACUACACGACGGCAUAAGAGAUAUCCGGCAAGAUGUAGUAAGGAAUUUCUGGAAUACUUUGAAGAAGAGAUUCCCAAGAGUGAGGAGGGCGGUAAUCAAUCAGAAUUGGGAGUCUCUAUCGGACAAGGAUUAUAACAAGCCUGCCUUCCCUUGCUUGAAAAUUCUUGUUGAGUCUUGCCCGCUUAAGAUCGACGUUUCAGCGUUUGUCCUCGAGGAAGCGAGUUCUCUCCCUGAGAAUACUACCAUAACCCUGCCUACGAACAAAUGGCAACGAUCACUUUAUCGACCUACGCUAGACGGCGAAUGGAGAAAGGUUGCACCAUGUUUUAAUCGAAAAACAAUCCUCAUGCCAAUGAAAAGAUUCCACGGGCCUGUCGGCGAGUUCGAGAAACUUAGGUAUUUGAGGAACAGACUUGCUCUACAACACUUCGCUCUAGGCCCUCUCGUCAUCGAAGCGCUAGACCGGCAUCACUUUGACGAGGGAAGGCAAGAGCCUUUCUUAUGCCCAGAGUCUGGAUGCAAUGCUUACUUCGAAAAGGCCGGGCAGUGGACGAUGCAUGCGAUCGAGACGCACAACGUCCCGUCAAUCAAGGAGAAACGGUUCGAUAUAUUGCCUAACAAGUUAAGAGACGCUUUUGAAAGACACGAGAGUGACCUAGAAAGAAAGCGGGAGGAGGUGGCUGGAGAGUCGAGAAGGAUGUUUAAUGAGUGGAAUGAAGAGGGGGGCGAGAAGAGGAGGGACAUAGAGAGGGGAUGGAUGGAUCAGCUGGAGAAUGAGGAGGCAUGGGACACGGGCACGGAAGCGAGGGAGAGCGAACUAUGGAAAUUUUUCACUAUGGUGAUGAAUCCAACUUGGUGUGGUCAGUAG